GGCGCGAACGCGCGGGGCAUCACGGGCCGCCGGGACACAGAAGAUGGCGGAUGCGGCCGUGGGUAAGGACAAGUGCGGGGAACAGCGGCUCGUGUCGCUGCCCCUGUCCCGCAUCCGAGUCAUCAUGAAGAGCUCUCCUGAGGUGUCCAGCAUCAACCAGGAGGCGCUGGUGCUCACGGCCAAGGCCACGGAACUCUUUGUUCAGUAUCUAGCCACCUGUUCCUACAGACACGGCAGUGGCAAAACCAAGAAAGCACUGACAUACAGUGACUUAGCCAGCACUGCAGAGGACUCAGAGACCCUUCAGUUUCUCUCAGAUAUAUUACCAAAGAAGAUUUUAGCUAGUAAGUACCUGAAAAUGCUCAAAGAGAAGAGGGAGGAAGAAGAGGAAGAAGAUGACGAUGGUGAAAGUGACAUUGGUGAAGUUCUGGCUUAAGCCAGCAAGGAGUGGUCUCAGCCUGGUGAGCAGGUGCAAGAAUAGACUCACAGCUGGGCAGUGGUGGGCACUGCAGUAGUGUAGUGCCAUGUCUCAGCCUUGCAGCUUGUUGCAUUCCCUCUUGCAGUGGAAAGGACUGGAGCAGCCUCCCACACAGACCCUCCAGCUGUCUACCAGGGGAGCCCUGGGCAGAUGGCACUGUUGUGGCUCUGAGUACAGCAGCACACACUACUGAGCUUCAUGUUGAACUUGCAGGAAGACCUGGAAAGCUCUAUGUCAGCUGUCUAGUCACAGGGACAUUCUUUUUUCACAAAUGGCUACAUGUGUAGCUCAUGUACAUUGUGCUACCUUUGAAUUUUUUGUAUUUUUUAAAAAAAAUGGACUAUGCAUUUUUACUGUACAGAAAAUUUGCUUUUCCUUUUCCAUUAAAGGUUUAUAUUUUACAGUAA